AUUUGAAACCCUUUUUAAAAAAAUAUUUCCUUCUUUUUUCUCUCAAGCCACCCACUCGUCCGGCCAUGGAGCCUUCAUACGUUCGCCGCGGCCACUGGUUAUCAGGGACGGUGACUGCCGCCUCUGGUGGCCAAAAAUUCCCCAAAAAUAUCCCUUUUUCCCCUUUUCACAUGGAACACAGAUCUGGGGUUCAAAUCCCUAGAAAAUUAGUCAAAGUUCGGCCGAAAGUAGAGAAACCUUUCGAUUUCUCCCCUUUUCAACGAGGUCCUCGACGGAAACCUAAGGAGUUUCGAGGUUUCUCGAGCCGAAGAAAAGGGGUUCUACGGUGGCACUUAAUAGGUGGUGGCGGCAAUAAGGGGUACGGGUAAUAGUUGGAGGCGUGCUUGCUGAAGUGGCGAGGGAGUGGCACUGAAGGUUUAGGGGAAAAAUUAAGAUUUCUGCUAGUUUAGGUUUAGUGGGCUUUGGGCUUCAAGUUGUUGGGCUUUGUGGGUAGUUUAGGUAAUUGGGCUAAUAGAUUGAGUUAGGGUAGUUUAGGUUUGGGCUUGUAUUUUGUAAAUGGACCCUUCUUUUUUUAAUGGACUUUUAUUAAUUUUGGUUU